AGAAGGAUGUGAGCGCAAGCGCAAGUCCAACAACCUUGUAAUCAAUGCCGCGCGUCCGCCUCGUGCAGUUUUCAACAGUCGGCGUCGUCGCGAACAUGCCAGGUGCACGCGACGAAAAGGAUCCGAACCAUCAGCAAGACAUUCGAUAUGUUUUCAAGUUGAACAAUUGGAUUCUGGGCUCAAUCGGCAUUUGGCCGAUCUCAAUCCGUGGCAUCGGACGACACGUGUCCAAAGUCGCGAUCGUGUUCGGUAAUUUCACGUUAAGUUUCGCGAUGGUACCUUGCGCUCUGCACAUCAUCUACGACGAGAAGAACAUCAUCAUGAAACUGAAGCUAUGCGGUCUGAUGGCCUUCUGCCUUACCGCAAUGACGAAGUAUUGCAUCCUUGUAAUACGUCGUCCUAAGAUAUUACGCUGUAUCGAAUGCAUAAAGAAUGAUUGGUGGCAGGUGAUGUUCACAUCCGAUCGCGAAAUGAUGCUGAAAUAUGCUACCAUCGGUCGCAAUCUGACGAUAAUCAGUGCAUCUUUUAUGUACACUGCCGGUAUCAUAUAUUACAUGAUUCUGAUUCCGUUUUUUUCCGAGACCAAAAUCAACAAUCAAACUGUCAGACCGUUCGUAUAUCCGACUUACAGUGAAUUUCGACAAUCCCAGAUUAGUCCGAUAUACGAAAUUGUGUAUGGGGCUCACUGCAUAUGCGGAUACAUCAUGUACUCGAUCACGGUUGGUGCAUGUGGAUUGGCCGCCCUGUUUGCUACUCAUGCAUGUGGCCAGAUUCAGGUGAUCGUAUCGCGAUUAGAAGAACUUUUAAAUGAUGAAAGUCCGAACAUUCAUCAACGAAUUGCUGUCAUCGUAAAGGAUCAUGUUCGCAUAAUAAGAUUUUCGACUGUGGUAGAAGAAGUUUUACAGGAGGUGUGUUUAGUGGAAUUUGCUAGUUCCGUAUGCACGAUAUGUCUACUCGAAUACUACUGUAUAGUGGAUUGGCAAGACGACAAUAAGCUUAGUUUAGCAAUUUACUUCAUGCUCUUCAUCUCUUUCUGUUUCAAUAUAUACAUAUUAUGCUAUAUUGGCGAACUUCUCAUGGAAAAGAGUAGUCAAAUUGGAUCAAUAUGUUAUAUGAUCAAGUGGUAUCAAUUAUCACCAAGAUCAGUUCGCAGUCUGAUAUUAAUUAUUGUUAUGUCCAGCCAUCCCAUAAAGCUUAGUGCUGGUAGAAUGGCAGAUUUAUCAUUAUCGACUUUUGGGAACGUACUGAAAACUAGUGUGGCGUAUCUGAGCUUCCUGCGGACGUUAGUCAUGUAAAUCAAUUAUAUUUAUAUAACAGAUAUAUUAAAAAGUAUUUUGAGUUUGAUCUAACUAUAUAUAGACUGUUCAAUUAGAUUCGUGAUAUAUAUCAUAUUAUAUAAAAUAAUACUACAUCAAUAUCAAAGAGGAACUGUUUAUUCCACCUCCUUUUUCUUGUUCAUUACGCCGUUGAAUCAUCCUACACAAUUUAUAAUUUCUAUAAUUUUUAUUUUCAC